GGCCUUCCACAGGGCGGGGAUGGCUGUUUAGUGAAGAAGCUCGGAAGUGAGAGAGCCGUGUGGAGCUCAGAGUUUAGUGUUGAAGAUUUAAACCUGCGGCUUACUGUUUACAGAAGGUGUUAUUUCCUGUCGCGGAUGUGUUUUUAAUCAUUUCACCUCGCGCUUUGAUUUUGUUGACAGUGCAGGUGAGCUGCUGUUCUCGGGUUUUAGGUUAUCCAGUGGUUUUAACCCUUCACAUGGCUGUGUGUCCUGACGGAAUAACGCACUUCACACAUUAAAGCAGGUUCUGUGUGACAUGUGGUGUAUCCUCGAGUGUCACGAUGAGCGUCCCAGAGAGCAAAAGCACCACAGACGUGUCCUACGUGCUGAAGAUUCACGUGAGUCCGUCCCUCAGCACACGUCCGUCCUGCACAGUCAGGGUGCGAAACGGCACCACGGCGGCCCUGGUGGUGCAGAAAAUCGCUGAGCUGCUCGAGCUCGACUCGUCCAAGCCGUAUGAGCUGAUGGAGGUGAGGAAACACGCAGGGGACAAACACGUCCUCCGGACGGACGACUGUCCUGUAGACCGCCUGCUGCUUUGGCCGCAAGGACACGAGGAAAGUCAGGGUUAUUAUUUCACUUUCCAGCAGGGCAAACAGGACACACCAGGGCAGCACCGCACCGUGCAGGACUUUCUGACACCCCGGCAUGAAGACGUGAAGGAUCUGUGCAGCCUCGCUGUGCUUAACGAGGACAGUAUUCUAGAAACGCUGCGCUGUCGGUUCUACACGCACCAAAUCUACACAUACGCCAGUAACAUCCUCAUCACCGUCAACCCCUUCAAGUUCCUCCCCAUCUACAACCCCAAAUAUCUGCAAAGGUACGAGAACUGCAUUCUAGGAAAAGAAGAUCCUCACAUCUUUGCUAUAGCGGAUGCUGCGUUCCAUGCCAUGCUGAACAAACGGACCAAUCAGUGCAUCGUCAUCUCCGGAGAAAGUGGCUCGGGGAAAACGCAGAGCACCAACUUCCUCAUCCACUGUCUGACCACGCUGAGCCGGAAGGGCUGCACCAGCGGCGUGGAGAGGACCAUCUUAGGAGCUGGACCAGUACUUGAGGCAUUCGGCAACGCAAAGACGACGUACAACGACAACUCGAGUCGCUUCGGGAAGUUUAUCCAGGUGAAUUUCCUGGAAGGUGGAAUCGUUAGAGGAGCUACGAUAGAGAAGUACUUGCUGGAGAAAUGCCGUCUCGUGUCCAGGAAAAGCAGAGAAAGGAACUAUCAUGUGUUUUAUUACCUGCUUGUCGGAGCGUCUCAGGAAGAAAAAGAAGAGUUCAAACUGUUAGAACCAGAAAAUUAUCACUACCUCAAACAGGAUCAGGCUGAUGUGGACGAUGUAGCAGAGAUUGAGUGUGAGUUUAAGAGACUGCAGCAGGCGAUGGAGAUGGUCGGCUUCCUGCCUGCUACCAAGAAACAAAUAUUCUCUGUGCUUUCCGCUAUUCUGUAUCUGGGAAACGUGACGUAUGAGCCGAGAGCAGACGGAGACGGAGUGACUGUAGGACCUGCGGACGUCCUCAAAACUCUAUCUGAUCUGCUAAAGGUGAGAGAGGAUCUUCUAAUCGAGGCUCUGACUCAGAGGAAAGCUCAGACGGUGAACGACGUCCUCGUGCUGCGUUACAGCCUCAAUGAGGCAAUCACAGCACGAGACUCGAUGGCUAAAUCUCUGUACAGCUCGCUGUUUGACUGGAUCGUCUUCCGCAUCAACCACGCUCUCCUCAACAAGAGAGACAUGGAGGAGGCUGUCCCGUGUCUCUCUAUCGGUGUGUUGGACAUUUUCGGCUUUGAGGAUUUUAAGACCAACAGCUUCGAGCAGUUCUGCAUUAACUACGCUAACGAGCAGCUACACAAUUACUUCAACCAGAACAUAUUCCUCCUGGAGCAGGAGGAGUAUGUGUCGGAGGGAAUCAGCUGGACCUCAGUGAGUUACACAGAUAAUGUUGGCUGCAUUAAUCUGAUCAGUAAGAAGCCCACGGGUCUGCUGUACCUGCUGGACGAGGAGAGCAGUUUACCUCAAGCGACUGAUAUCACGCUGUUGGAGAAGUUUAAGCGGCAGCAUCAGGAGAACCCUUACUUUGUUCCUACACUGGUUCUAGAGCCCGCCUUUGUCAUCCGACACUACGCCGGCAAAGUCAAAUACCAAAUAAAGGAUUUCAGAGCGAAAAACACGGACCACAUGAGGCCCGAUAUCGUCGCUGUCCUUCGCAGUAGUAGACGAGGAUAUCUGAGGCGAUUAAUCAGUUCAGACCCAGUCGCAGUGUUCAGGUGGGGGGUCCUCAGGGCCACCGUACGUGCAGUGUAUGCCAUUAAAGGGGCGGGGCAACGCUGGGCCACUGAACAUCCAGCGACAGUAAGACGAUACUCCCGUGACGCACUGAAACAAAUGAAGAGACCGUCCUCCACCAUUGGCCAACUGAUGAGUCAGCAUUCCUGCAUCGAUUUCUCCUUCGACCGUUCUGAGGAGAACCCGCUCGAGAUUUUGGAGGACGUCUUUGCCACAUUUGAGAGCAAAAAGGAAAUGCAUGCCAAAAUCCUCCGCACGGUAACACGGUUAGGUGGUGACGUUCCUCAAAAGUUUCGUCUCUCCACCGUUUCUCUGAGGAAAUUGCGACACUUUUCUCCGAAAAGCCGUGCCGGUCGUAAUAAACAGAUCAUUCCAAAGAAUCUGAUGGACUGUCGCUGUCUGAAGCUCAUCAAGGAUUUGAAUCUUCACAACAGCGACACUCGCAUUUCACCCCACCUGCACAAGAAGAAGAAACCUCCCAGCAUCAGCAGCCAGUACCAGACGUCUCUGGUGAAGCUGUUGGACACACUGAGGAGAGCUGAGCCAUUCUUUGUGCGCUGUAUCAGGUCCAACGCUGAGAAGAGGGAAAUGCAGUUUGAUGAUGAGCUCGUCCUUCGACAGUUGAGGUACACUGGCAUGUUAGAGACGGUCCACAUUAAGAGAUCAGGUUACGGAGCCAAGUACACUUUUAAGGAGUUCAGGGAGGAAUUCAGGAUCCUGCUGCCGAGACAGUCGUCUUCUCCUCUGCAGGACAUUGAGAAACUUCUGCGAAGAAUCACAGCGGAGAAGAACAACUUCCAGAUCGGCAAGACCAAGGUGUUUUUAAAGGAGAUGGAGAGACAGAAGCUCCAGAACACACUGCAUAAGGAAGAGAUGCGGAGAAUCCUCCUGCUGCAGCGUUGGUUUCAGGCGUGUCUCACACGUAAACACUUCCUGAUGAGGAAGAGGGCCAUCAUCACUGUACAGAGGUCAUGGCGAGGUUAUCGAGUGUCGACCCAGUGCAGAGCAGCCGCGGUGAUCCAGAAAGCAUGGAGAGAAUCUCGUGAGCGAGCCGAGUACCUGCGGCAGAGAGAGAGCCUGAGGAACCUGCAGCAGCUGAAACAGAGCGCAGAGAAUCGCAGGCAUCUGCAGGAGGAGCGAGUGAGUAGGGUAGAUGGUGUUAAGGGCACUUCAGAAAGUAAGGACAGCAGGAAUGAGACGCUGCUGCCACGCCCUGACGGUAAAAUAAAGCCGCUGCCGCCGAUACCGUCCCAAACGCCAGCAAAGAACGAGAGCGUGAAGAACCUUGGGGACAAGGACCAGCAGAACCGAGGCAGCGUCCCGGAGCAGAGGGAGAGACGAGAGAAUAAGAAGAUGGACAGAGACACCUCGGUCCCUGCCGCUCCACCCCAACCGGACUCUCUGACCGAUCCAAAUACAGACAAUGGUCUUGGCAUGAUGACGCUGCAGCGCUCCAAACCGGCCAACAUGAGGGAGAAAGUGGAGAAGUGGAGAGAGCGAAGGAGUGACAUUGUGGUUUUGGAGACGAGCAACCUCGGGAUGAGCAGAUUAAAGACUCGAGGAAUCUCAAUGUCCCUGGAUAAUCUGACCAAUCUGAGCUCAUCUGAGUCGGACAGUAUGUCUCCGUCCAACACCGAGGUGACGCUGCGUAGACGUAGGCGAUCAAGACACAAGCGUCGAUUGGCUCACGCUCGCAGCGGCCUCAUGCUGAAAGGCACAGAGGACUGUGAGGAUUACUGGAUUUUCCCACUUCCUCCAUUCAGCCCGGGCAUCUCAUUUCACUCCAGCGCCCCUGUGGUGCUCCAUAAAACCCAGCUGCCUGAUGGAUCUAAAUCGAGUGUGCUGCAGAGCCCAAGUGAAGCCACACCCUCACCACAGCAACUCGCUCCGGAAAAAGGAGGGUUUUUUGGUCGGUAUUUCCCUUUGGGUCAGAAGAAGCGUCUCACUCCUCAGGACGGAAACGUGACGAUGGCCAGGACCCUCGCCGAGAGAGAAGAGUUUAAGAGGUCGGACAGUAACUCCCCCACGUCGGCGUCUCCGUCCUCACUGGCCAAGCGGAAACGUCAGAGUAUUAGGAUCAGCCGCGGGACACAAAUAAGGGAGCAGAGUAACGCCACACUCAACCGCCAGAUCACCGACACAACAGAACUGCGCCACCUCGACGAGUUCCUGGGAAAUCAGAUGAAUGAGCUACACUCCAGGGUGAAGUCUCUCUCAGAGACGGAGGUGAUUUUCUUCACGGCCACGAUGCAGUUCAGAGACACGAUUAAGAGCAUGUACUCGCUCUCGAACCCUCAGAUCAGUUAUAAAGGCCUGCUGCAGGGAUACAAAACUAAAGUGGCGAGUUUAGCUGCGCAGAAGAAGAAGGACGAGGUGCCGCUGGUGGUGAAUUUAUUCCAGUCGGUGCUGGACGGCUUUAUCAGAGCCGAGAUUAAACGCGUCUCGUCGAUGUCUGACAUCAACAAGCCCACGAAAAAGAUGAAGAGGAUGAGAGAGAGUGAUAAGUGUUCUGACAGCCCGCUGGAUCACUCAUUCAGUACGUACCUAGUUAACAUCGUUCAGUCAUGUGACAUGUGCGGCUCGUUCAUCUGGUGCAUGGAGAAAGCCUGCAUGUGCAGCAUGUGUAAGAUGGUGUGUCACAGGAAGUGUAUGAAUAAGAUAACAACACCCUGCUCCAAACACCUGGAUAAGAAGACUGAAGCUGGUAAAGUCACUGUGUACUUCGGAGUGCACUUACCCACUUUGACCAGCAGGGAAGAGCCCGUGCCCUGUGUGUUGGAGAGGCUGCUGGCGCAUGUGGAGAUGAACGGACUCUACACCGAGGGGAUUUACCGCAAAUCAGGCUCCACUCUGAAAGCUAAAGAGCUUCAUCAGCUGCUGGACACGAGUCCUCAGAGUACCGUUCUGGAUAAUUAUCAGAUCCACACAGUUACGGGGCUGAUAAAGUGCUGGUUACGGGAGUUACCUGAGCCUCUGAUGACCUUUAACCUCUACAAUGACUUCCUGUAUGCUGCCGAUGUCCCAGAGACGUCAGAGAGGCUGCGAGCUAUUUACAGGAAGUUAGAGGAACUUCCUUCUCCGAACUACACCACGCUGGAGCGCCUUAUCUUCCACCUGGUCAGGGUGGCGAAGGAGGAAUCUCAUAACCGGAUGUCUGCUAACGCUCUGGCCAUCGUGUUUGCUCCAUGUGUCCUGCGCUGUCCUGACGUUUCUGACCCGCUGCUCAGCAUGAGAGACCUGCCCAAGACCACACUGUGUUUGGAGGUGUUGAUCCUGGAGCAGAUGAAGAGAUUUGACGAGAAGAUGAAGGAGAUCCAGCAGCUGGAGCACGCCGAGGCUCUGGCAGUUAAACAGCUCACACUGCGCAGACAGAACACGCAGUGUGUCUUCUUGUCUCAGGUCCUGGAGAACCCGAAGGGGAAAGUGGACGUGUCUCAAAGAGACGGCUCGGACUCAGAUGUGGAGAACACGCUGCUUGAGAGGAUCCGAUCUAUAAAACACGAGAAGAAUAAACUGGCCUACAGGCUGCCGGACAUGGAUGGUUCUGAUAAUGAGAACCUGGACUGUGAGAGCACAGUGAGCACUGAGAGUCCUCUCGAGGACAAAAUCACUCACCUGGGCUUGGAAGGUCAGCGGAGCGUGACGCAGCCACUGAAGCUUCCUGAGGAGAAAACACCGCAUGAUCACAGAACUCAGAGACAAGUCGAUGCUCUGCCCACGUGUCUCAUCCAAGAUGGCCGCCGAGAUUUAAUAUCGAGCGGACGCUUUACUGACCUCGACAUCCCCUUUAUAGAUGACGACGUUUAGCAUCUAAACAAUCAGGCGUGUAGCGCUAAUCACUCGCUAUACCACCAUAUACACCAUGUGCAAUACUGUUAGCAUGGACUGUUUACAGAGAGUUAGCCAAGUGUGCAGUAGAUAUUUUCUUUCUCUUCAUUUACAGUCAUAUUUGUGUUGGGAUUUUGCCAGAAGUCGUCGCUGUGGUUAUGUUUAGCUAGUUAACAUUGCGCACACGACCUGGCUGGUGUGGAGAGUGCGGUGGUUCCACCGACAAGCUAGCUAGCUAGCAUUCUAGUAGGAGCUAAAUAUCUAGCUAGCUGAUUGUUUAAAAAAUAAUGUAUUCAAUUCUAAUUGUAAUGUUGUCACUGGAAGAGCUAAAGUUGCUAACUGGUUAGUGCUGUUAUUAGAAUCAGUGUAUAAACUGAAAAUAAAAUAGCGUGGAGACUCUACAGCGUGACCUAAUGAAGAGCCCUGACCGUCACUGUGUGCUAACCGCUAGCUAGCAUUGGUUAGUUAGCUGAAUCCCAGCUAAAACUGUGUUUACACACAGUGCUGAUCAGACCGUAAACACUUGGCGGUUAAUAUUACAGAAGUGUAAUAGAGCGCGAUGGCGAUGUUACCGCGCGAUGGCUAAUCCGUAAGAGAAGAGUUAACUGGUGCCUGUAGUAAAGUCAGAAAUGAAACUCCUAGCUAAUAAUAAUAUCGUCACCACGCCCUCACCUGAAUAAUCCUCGCUUUAUUAUGCAACGAUGUCACCAGAAAGGCAACUUCCUGUUAUUGUUAUUUUUUUAUUAGUUGAGUCUUUUGUACGGAUUAUCAACUCUAACUCACACUGGAGUUUAUAAUAACGUGUUCCGCAGCCCUUACUGAACCUGAUCACCUGCGUUUAUUCAUGAAAACACAACUGAAUCUUCACCUCCAUCACCUCCAUCACCAUCAUCUUCAUUAUCCGCCCUCCAGCUUCCUCCCUGUCUGUGUCGAUUAACCUAGGUGUUGUCUCUCUCUCUGUCUGUCUGUCUCUCUCUCUCUGUUUCUCCCUCUGUCUCUGUCUCUCUAUCCCUCUCGCUCUGUCUGUGUGUGUGUGUGUGUGUGUGUGUGUAUGUGCGUGUGUCUGUCUCUCUCUCUCUGUGUCUCUCUCUCUCUUUCUGUCUCUCUCUCUCUCCCUCUCGCUCUGUCUGUCUGUCUCUGUGUGUGUGUGUCUCUCUCUCUGUCUGUCUCUCUCUCUCUCUCUCUCUCUUUGUCUCUCCCUCUCACUCUGUCUGUCUGUCUCUCUCUGUGUGUCUCUCUGUGUGUGUGUUUCUCUCUCUCAGAGAAACUUGUAUAUUGUGGAAAAUAAAAAUAAGUAGAUCAGUGUCAUUUCA